CAUUACAAAACGAAAACAAUUUUCACAAUUUACCGAAAAAGCCGGUCUAGUAAAGAACUAAUUGCACAAUGGCCUUAUUACUCCGGUUAGCAAAUCAAAAAUCCAUAGGUGCUUUCGUUUUUCAGUCGGCUCGCGCGAUUCCCAGUGUCCGCUUCAGCAAUGAUGCGCAAUCACCUACCAAGGCGGAAGAUUCCGAUGGGCAGGCGGCAAGCAAAAAGGAAAGCGGGUUUGCAAAAGCCUACAGGAAGCACUCUGAUUCGCUCAAUGAACAACCGUCCAAUGAGCCACCGAAAACUUUUGCCAGUCUGCUGAGGAAUUCCAAGUUCAUCGAUCUUGGUGAUCCGGAAGGAAAGGUCGUCACGGGGAGGAUUUUUCACAUCGUUGAAAAUGACCUGUAUAUUGAUUUUGGCUGGAAGUUCCACUGCGUCUGCACCCGACCAGCGAAAAAUGGCGAAGACUACGUUCGAGGGGCUCGGGUACGGCUGCGUGUGAAGGACCUGGAGCUUUCCACACGAUUCUUGGGCUCGAGUAAAGACCUCACACUCCUGGAAGCGGAUUGCCAGCUGCUCGGUUUAAUUUCGUCACCUGCUAGCAAAUCGCAAUCAUUGCGAGCAACCGAACAAGCCAAAUAAGCGUUGCCUAGGUCAUAAGUCGUAGAACAUAUUAUAAUCCCCAACCAUAA